AUGGCCCAGCCUGCCAGUGUCAUCGGCGAUCGUGGAGAUCCUCGUCUCCACGAGAAGGAGCGCGACAUCGCCGACGCCCUUGAAGCCCGUGAACUUCGUGGAGGCGUUCGUCCUCAGCACCGUGGCCUUCACGAUAGCUCCGUCACCUUCGAGGAGUACAACUACUAUGCCCAGCUUGCUCGUGCUGAGGAGGACACCUACACCGACCACGACAAGGAGCGUGGCUGGCUUUCUCUCCUCAUUCCUUCCAAGUCUGAUGGUGCCGAAAGUAAGGAUGCCAGCAAUAUCAACACCAGCGACAAGAACAUUACUGCCACCAUCACCGACGACGAAUGGACCAAUGCCUCUCGCGCUCUUCGUACCGCGACCCGAGGUGCUAUUUUCUACUUGAUUACCACUGAUAUUUUGGGUCCCUUCGGUUUGCCUUUUGCUUUUGGAACCAUGGGAUGGGGGCCUGGUAUUGCCUUGUACACCGUCUUCGCUGGUCUCGCCAUCUACUCCGGUUACCUGCUCUGGGACAUGUUCUUGGGCCUGGACUCCUUCCACUACCCAAUUCGUCACUUUGGUGAUCUUGGUUUCCGUCUCUUUGGCCCCUGGAUGCGCCACUUGAUCAACGUCUUGCAGAGUAUUCAGCUUAUCCUGAACGUUGGUUUGAUCGUUAUUUCCAACGGUGAAGCUCUUUCGCAAGUCGCCAAAUUCAAGCUCUGCUACAUUAUCUGCUGCUUGAUCUGGGCCAUUGUUGGUUUCCUCGUUGGUCAGAUUCGUACCCUGCAAAAGUUUGGUUGGAUCGCCAAUCUUGCUGUCUGGCUCAACUUGCUUUGUAUGUUCAUCACCAUGGGUGGUGCUUCCCACUACGGACCCAACUAUGACAGUGUUGGCUCAGCUUCUGGUGCUAUCAUCAAUGGUGGCUUAUCCGUCACCCAAAACCCCGAUCUUUCCUGGCCACCAGUACAAACCUCUGGUGGUCUCCCUCACUCCGACAACUUUGCCGGUACCAUCAGCGGUGCCAUGCAAGCCGUAUUUGCUUACGGUGGUGCUAUGGUCUUCCCAGAGUUCAUGGCUGAAAUGAAGCGCCCCAAGGAUUUCUUGACUGGCAUGUGGGCCGCCCAGCUUUUCAUCUACUUCUGGUACAUGUUCUAUGGUCUCUUCAUGUACGGAUACCAGGGACAGUACACCGUCAACCCCAGUUACUUGGGUAUCAGCUCAUACGGCAUCCAGACUGCCGGUAACGUCUUCGCCUUCUUGUCUGCCGUUAUUGCUGCCGCCCUGUACGGAAACAUCGGUGUCAAGGUGUUGUACAACAGCAUCUUUGUCGAGAUCUUCCGUUUCCCUCCUCUCACUACCAAGGGUGGUAAGAUUUCUUGGGUUAUCUUGAUCCCCAUCUACUGGUCGAUUGCUUUUAUCAUCGCCGCUGCCAUUCCCAACUUCUCCGGUUUGACAUCCGUCGUUGCCGCUUUCUGUAUCCUGCACUUUACCUAUACCUUCCCCCCUCUCUUUGCCAUCGUUUACUGGGCCAAGAAAUUCGCCGUCCAGGAAGGUGAAGGGUUCAAACCGGAGAGUGGCGAGGUUGUCCGUAACGACUCCGGUUUCCGUCGUUUCAUGCGUGGUUUCUUCUUCCCUGGCUUCGCUACCAACAAGUACUUCUACCUGAACAUCUUCAACAUCAUCUACAUGCUCGGUGCUCUUGCUCUUGCUGGUCUCGGUGCUUACUCCUCCAUCGUCACUUUGCAGCAGGCAUAUGCCACGAACGUUACCACUUCUUUCACUUGCCACAGUCCUGUUGCGCCGCCCUCAUCCUAA